AUGAAUUAAAUGGAUGGAUUGAUUGAAGAGAAUACAUAAUUAAAGAAAGCUAUUAUAUCAUCAAAAGCUGUUAUAUCAAGAAAGAUAAGUAUUAUAAUCAUAGCAUCAUUUAGAUGAAUUUGAAACUUUAUAAGCUAUAAAUGAUGAAUUAAAAUUAUAGGUUGAUAAAUUAAAAUAGGAUAAUAAUGAAUUGAAUUAAAAAUAUAGAGUUAUAUUUAAUGAAAAAAAGUAGAUAGAAUAAUAAUUUGAUAAUGCUAGUAAAAGUUGGAAAUUGUUAAUAGAACAAAAAUAAAGAGAAUUGGAAGAAAUCUAAAAUAAAUUAAGUCCAUCUUUUGAUUAGGAUAUGAUUAGAAUUAAAUUGUUAAAUGAAUUAGAAAUACCUCAUAGAUAAUAACUUGAUGUUAAAUAAAAUGAAAUUGAAAAGUUAAAUGAAGUUAUUUAUCAAUUGAAAAGAAAUUUAGAUCUUGAAAUUGCUAAAGUUGAAACUAUCAAAUUAGAAUAUACAAAAGAAUAAAAAUUGAUUCAAGAUAGAUUUAAAUUAGACAUGUCUGAUUUAUAACAUUAAAUAGAAGAACUUACAAAAAUAAUAGAAGAUAGUAAAGAUAAAGAUGUUAUAAGAAGAUUAAGAAAAGAUUUAGAUGAAUAUAAAUUAAAAUAUAAUAAUGCAGAUACUGAAAAUUAAGAAUUAAGAAUUGAAAGAGAUAAAAUAAGAGAAGAAAAAAAUGAAAUAAUGAUUAAAUUUGCUAGAUAAAUAGAUUAAGAAAGAAAUGAUAAACGUUAAUAUAAAAGUGAUUUUGAUAAAAUAUAAGUUAGAACUAGAUUUGUAGAAGAUGAAUUAAGAAAAGAAAAAUAAAGAAGAGAGUAAGUUGCUACAGAUUUUGAAAUUUUGAAAACUGAUAAAGAUUAAUUAUUAACAGAUAUAAGAAAGAAAGAUGAUACAAUUCAUUAUUUAUAGAGAAAAAUUGGUGAUAUGGAAGAAGAAUAAUUAGAAUAAGAAUAAAAAGUUUAAGAUAAAUUAACUCGUCUUUAUUAAGAUGAACAUGAUAAAUAUUUAUAAGAAAGAAAUAAAGCUGUUACUUUAUAGAAAGAUCUUGAUAAUUUAAAAAAGAGGUUUAGUGAUUUAUAAGAUGAUUAUAAAAUACUUAAGGAUAGAUACUUAAAGGAAAAUAAUGAUAAUAAGGAUAAUAAUAAAACUUAAAAUGAAGAAAUAGAAAAAUUAAAAAAAAUUUUAUCUUAAUAACUCAAAGAUAUUGGUGAUUUAGAAAGAUCAAAUAAAAAUAGAGAAGAAUAAAUACAUGAUAUUGAAAAUGAAAAUGAAACUUUAAAAAGAAGAAAUAGAGAAUUACAACAUAGAAUAUAAUUAAUUGAAGUUAAUCCUUUACCCUCUCCCUAGAAUGCAUAGAUUAUAUUUAGUUAAUCAUAAUUCCCAAGUUUUGCUUAAGUUCCUUAAUAUGCUUAAUAAAUAUAAGAAUAAUAUGAUACUAAACCUAAACUUGUUUAAUAAGAAAAUGAACUUUAAAAUUAAAAUUAGGCAUAAAAGUAAACUAUAUAAUAGAUUACAGAAGAAAAUAGAACAUUAAUUUAAAAGAAUAAAAAACUCAACAAGAAAUUAAAGGAAGCUAAUGAUAAAAUUUUAGAACUUUCUAUGAAAAAUACUCUUUUAGAAAAGUAAUUAUAAACAUAAUAUUCUGUCCCUUCUGUUUCACAUUAAUAAUAAGGAAGUUAUACUCAUUCUUAAUCACCUCUUAGAUAUCAUUAUGAUGAUUAUGAAUAAAAAGAUCCUAGACAAUUAUAAUAAACUCAUACUGAUACUAGGUUGGAUAGAUUUGAUAAAUAGGAUAGAUAUAUUUAAUAAGAUAGAUAUACUUAAUAGGAUAAAUAUAAUUAACCUGUUUAGGAUAAAUAUUAAUAAAGAAAAAUAUCUGGAACAAAUUAAUCAUCCAAAUAGGGUUAUUACAAUGAGAUUCAUGAUGAUGACUUACUCAAUAAAGUAAUGAUGCUAACUAACAAUAAUACCAAUUAAGUUAAAUAUUGGUGA